CACACAGUCCAAACCCCCAGAAAAGCCCUGCUGAAUCCUCACACCGUCUGUCAGCAUGGGGAGCGCUUGUUUUUCCCGGGACGUUUGUUUGUUUAUCCUCCUCAUAAAUACUUGCAGGGUGAUGGGGAAUGUCGGACUCGCAGAUGCAGAUGAAUGUGUGGAAGGUUCGGACGACUGCCACAUCGACGCCCUCUGCCAGAACACGCCAAAGUCCUACAACUGCAUAUGCAAGCCGGGCUACAAGGGAGAUGGCAAGCAUUGCGAAGACAUGGACGAGUGUGAGAACGACUACAAUGGAGGCUGUGUCCAUGAAUGCAUCAACAUACCUGGCAACUACAGGUGCACCUGCUACGAUGGAUUCAUGCUGGCCCACGACGGACACAACUGUCAGGAUGUCGACGAGUGUGCGGACAACAACGGUGGAUGCCAGCAAGUGUGUGUCAACACCAUGGGGAGCUACGAGUGUCAGUGCACAGAGGGCUUCUUCCUCAGCGACAACCAGCAUACCUGCAUCCACCGCUCUGAUGAUGGGAUGAACUGCAUGAACAAGGACCACGGCUGUGCCCACAUCUGCAGAGAGGCUCCAGGCAAAGGCGGGGUGUCGUGCGAGUGUCGUCCUGGCUUUGAGCUGGCCAAAAACCAGAAAGGCUGCAUAUUGACGUGUAACUAUGGAAACGGCGGUUGUCAGCACACAUGUGAUGACACGGACACAGGGCCGGUGUGUGGCUGCCACCAGAAGUACGCCCUGCACUCAGACAGCAAGACCUGCAUCGAGAAAGAUGAGGCUGCAAUUGAGAGCUCUGAGUUCAAUGCCACGUCAGUAGCUGAUGUGGACAAGCGGGUGAAACGGCGGCUACUUAUGGAGACCUGCGCCGUGAACAACGGCGGCUGCGACAGGACAUGCAAAGACACAGCCACAGGGGUGCGCUGCAGCUGCCCCGUGGGAUUCACUCUGCAGCCUGAUGGCAAAACCUGCAAAGACAUCGACGAAUGCCAGGAGAACAACGGAGGCUGUGAUCAUUUCUGCAGGAACACCGUGGGCUCCUUCGAAUGCAGCUGCCAGAAAGGCCACAAACUGCUCACGGAUGAGCGGUCAUGCCAAGAUAUUGACGAAUGCUCCUUCGAGAGAACCUGUGACCACACCUGCAUCAACUACCCUGGCAGCUAUGAGUGCAUCUGCAAAAAGGGAUACAUCCUGUACGGCCUCACUCACUGUGGAGACAUCGACGAGUGCAGCAUCAGUAACGGGAGCUGUGAGCAUGGCUGCAUAAACACCCAGGGCGGCUACGAGUGUGUGUGUCCACCUGGACAGAAACUCCACUGGAACAAGAAAGAUUGCAUCGAGGCGGUGAAGUGUCUGCCCAAUGGGAAGCCAGUACCCCGAGCCCAGCUGACAUGCACCAAGAGCGGAGGGGCAGAGGUCUGCUCACUCUCCUGCCCCUCCAACGCCCUCUUCCUUGCAGACUCAGUGAACAGCUACACACUGAGCUGUGGAGUGCCCGUCCAGCCUGGUAAAGCUCCUCAGAAGAGGAAUACCACCACUGCCUUACCCACCUGUGCCGACACGCUGGCCCCACCCAUCAAACAGAAGGCCAGGUUUAAGAUCAAAGACGCCAAGUGUCACCUGAGGCCCCGCAACAAGGAGAAACACAGAGAUUCCUCCAGGCAGAACCUACAAGGAGGCCAGUUCCCCUGCACUGACGACUGCCAGGUAACCUUUGUAAACCUCAAGUGCGACUCUUCAAAGAAGCGACGCCGAGGACGCAAAUCUCCUUCGAAGGAAGUUUCCCACAUCACGGCUGAGUUUGAGAUGGAGAUGAAGGAGGAAGAAGCCUCAGACUCGUGUGACGUGGAUUGUGUGCGGGAAAGGGUGAAGCAGAAGCUGCAGAGCGCCAUGCGGACGCUCAGGAAAUCCAUCAACAAACAGCAGUUCUACAUCCAGUUCUCUGGGACGGAGUACGAGGUGGCCCAGAAACCAUCCAAGGUACCGGAGGGAGCCGAGACCUGCAGCACGGGACAAGUCCUCCGAGACGGAAAGUGUGUGAGCUGUAGUGUGGGGACGUUCUACAGCGGGGAGCAGGAGCAGUGUGUCCAGUGUCUUCCCGGGACGUACCAGGACACGUUGGGUCAGCUGUCCUGUGAGCCGUGUCCCGGCACUGAAGGACAGGGCAUCGCUGGGGCCAAGAACGUGUCUCAAUGUGGAGGUCAGUGUCAAGCAGGUCACUUCUCCGCUGACGGCUUCCGUCCAUGCCAGGCCUGUCCGCUGGGCUCCUACCAGCCAGAACCGGGCCGUGUCCUCUGCUUCCUCUGUGGAGGAGGUCUCAUGACCAAGUAUGAAGCAUCAAUGGCCUUCAGGGACUGUGAGGCCAAAGUGCAUUGUGCUCCAGGACAUUACUACAACUCCAGUACACACCGCUGUAUCCGCUGCCCAGUAGGAACCUACCAGUCUGAGUUUGGGCAGAACUACUGCAUCACCUGCCCAGGGAACACCACCACUGACUUUGACGGCGCCACCAACGUCUCCCACUGCAAAAACCAGCUGUGUGGAGGUGAGCUGGGAGAAUACACAGGCUUCAUUGAGUCUCCUAACUACCCUGGAGAUUACCCAUCCAACGUGGACUGUGUGUGGACCAUCAACCCACCACACAAGAGGCGGAUUCUCAUCGUGGUACCAGAGAUCUUCCUCCCCAUGGAGGAUGAGUGUGGAGACGUGCUAGUCAUGAGAAAGAGCGCCCUUCCCACCUCCAUCACCACCUAUGAGACGUGUCAGACCUAUGAGCGGCCAAUCGCCUUCACCUCUCGCUCUCGCAAGCUCUGGAUUCAGUUCAAGUCCAACGAGGGCAACAGUGGCAAAGGCUUCCAAGUUCCAUAUGUCACCUACGAUGAGGACUACCAGCAGCUGAUCGAGGACAUUGUGCGAGAUGGCAGGCUCUACGCCUCUGAGAACCACCAGGAGAUACUGAAGGACAAGAAGCUGAUAAAGGCCCUGUUUGACGUGCUGGCUCAUCCUCAGAACUACUUCAGGUACACGGCGCAGGAGUCCAAAGAGAUGUUCCCUCGCUCCUUCAUCAAGCUGCUGCGCUCCAAAGUCACCAGGUUCCUAAGGCCGUACAAAUAGACAGGGCCUCUCCAAUGUCCUGUUAAAGACCCCGUCAUCCUGCGUCAUUCCAAAUCCAGCAACCUAAAUGACCCCCCCCAGUCUGCUUCUCUCCUGCCUUGGUCAAAAGAUUGAUGUACCCAUCCUAUGACUAAACAUCUUCCUUUUGCUCUCAAUCUUGUUUGUCACAUGAUGCCUUUCCUCAUCUUUGACUCCUUUAAUUAGUAACACAUUGUUGACUGACACCCUUCCCUCCAGUACGUGCAGCUUUUUGUAUAAGGUUUGAUCGAUAUGGUUCUGCAGGCCAGUAUUAAUAUUUUUAUAACGUAGCAGAAGCUGCCUGAUAUAUAUUGUGUGUAUAUAUUGUUUCUUUAAAUUUGACCAUUUUAUACCAAACUCGUACAAGUAUUGACUGUUUUUUUUUUCUCAGUUUGGUAUGGUGACAUUUAGAAGCUCCUUAAGGCAGGGUGGCCCUGUAUGCUAUGUCAGUGAAGGUGCAAUAUCUGCAAUGUUGGUGGUGCGUGUUCUAAUUUAGUACCGAAUACCGAAUUGAGUUUCAACAAAAUCAAAAGAAUAUAUUCAAAGGACUUUAAAGACGUUGUCUCAGGUCACUUUCAGUAACAGGCAUAUCAUUGUCACACUACAUGGUAUUAAGUGUAGUCACUGAAGAGAACAACAUGAAUAUACAGGUGACCAGUUAAAAGCCAAAAAGGCAAAUUAAACUGCUGGGAGAUUGAUACAUGUCUGUAUGGUAAAUAUAAAGGCAACAGCCAUCUUAGCUUAGCAUAAGGACUGGACAUGGGGAAAUAGCUAGCGUGCCUCUGCCCCAGGUAAUAAAUAAAGGUAAUAAAAUCUGCUUACCAGCUAAAGCUAAAGACUUCUUGGUCCUUGUAAAAGCUGUUGUUUUGUGCACCUUCUGACAAAGCCAGGCUAGCUGUUUCCCCCUGUUUCCAGUCUUUAUGCUAAGCUAAGCUAACUGGCUGCUCGGCAAGAAAGCAAAUUUCCCAAAAUGUUGGACUAUUCCUUUAAAACAAAAACAAAAGGUUAAUCAUCUCUAAAAUACGAAAGAGUGAUUCAUUAUUAUUAAAGUGAUUUAAGUGCAUAUUAUCGUAAAGUGGUACUCCCAGUAUUUAGUAAAUGCCAAGUAUCAGUAAACCAAUGUAUCGGUCAAACCCUAUUUCUGCACACCAUAUACUGUUUCUUUCUCUCUCCCAACCAUCCCCAGAUUUCUGCACCUUCAUUAACAACGUUUUCCUGCAAUCUUCCUUUCACCUCUCUCGUUUUAUUUGACUCUGCUUUGUUUUCUGUGUUGUUGUUUUGUUUUUGUAAUAUUUAUACUGAACAUGUCAGAACUUGCAGAAGCCCACAUCACAGAUGUACAACGCACAUACAAAUGUGUAAGAUGUGUAUGUGUGUGUGGACAUACACAGGUGUACAUGCAUGAUGUGUUGAGAUGUAUUGGCCCACACAGUGUACAUGGAUGUAAUCUGAAUUGGAUUUCUUUAUUGGCCCCAAUGUGCACGAGACAGAGACGAGAAAACAAAUGGUGCGCUUUAAACAUAUUUUAACACAGAAAUGUUAACGUGGGGAAAUCUAAACCGUUCCACCUUUAGUGGGUGCUUUAUCCAUUUGAGCACGGGGAAAGAUUAAAUGGGGUGAAUCAGAAAGUCUAUAUUGUAAUUUUCUAAAAAUAAAAUAAAAAAGAUAUAUAACAAGAUGAGAUAAACUACCUGCAAGUAACAGAUUGUUACUUUAGAGAGAACUGUAUGUGAUGUAACUAAUAUUUGGAACUUUAAUUGCACUUGAAUUUUAUAUUUUAAACUGUAGGAAAAAGAUCUAAGUUACGUUUUUGUUACCUUUUUUUUGUGUCGUUUUGAAAUGUGCCACACGUGGCGGCGAUUAGAGAGCUGUGUCUCCUGUUAUUGCCCCCGCUCUGUAGCUUGCAGUGACCCUAACAUCUCUCAGUUACAGUAGCUUCAAGUCCCAUUCACACACACAGCGAGGAAAACAUUUAGGUUGAAGCUUCAGCAUCUCAUAACUGUAUGUUAAACUAAUGCGCACAGAGAAAAGCAUUACAUCACUCAAACUUGCCACCACCUCUAAAGUUUGUCUGUGUUUUCAUUGCCCAGUCCUGCUUCAUCUCUCAAACAUGUCCUAUAGCUGCCAGAGAGAAGAAGCAUCAACAUAACAGCUUCUUGUAUGAUGGCACUACUUACAUACUACACACAGUAUAUGCCUGUUUCUAAAAAACUACUUACAAUAUCUGCAUUAACCCAGAUGCAGUCUCUUUCCAUUAAAUAGGAAGUAUAGUUUGUAUACUAUGCUUUUCUUUUAUAACCCAA